GCAGCCGGGCGUCGCGGGGCGGGUGAGGCGGCGGUGGGCGCUGGGGCUCCCCCGCCUCCCCGCCGGUCCGGAGGGGCUGGCCGGGCCUGGGGGGCCGCUCGCCCCGAGGGGGCCGCAUGUGCCCCCCGCCGGGCACCGAGGCAGGACGGAGGAAGCGGAGGAGGAGGGUGAGGCCGCCCCGGCCGUGGCCCCGGCCCCAGCGGCGGCGGGCAGGCCCGGGCGGCGGGCCCGGAGCCGGGAGGAGGAGGAGGCCGCCAUGGAGGGCCUGGCGGGCUACGUGUACAAGGCGGCGAGCGAGGGGCGCGUGCUGACCCUGGCCGCCCUGCUCCUCAACCGCUCCGAGAGCGACAUCAAGUACCUGCUGGGCUACGUCAGCCAGCACGGCGGCCAGCGCUCCACGCCGCUCAUCAUCGCCGCCCGCAACGGCCACACCAAGGUGGUCCGCCUGCUCCUGGAGCACUACCGGGUGCAGACCCAGCAGACCGGCACAGUCCGCUUCGACGGCUUUGUUAUUGAUGGAGCCACAGCUCUCUGGUGUGCAGCAGGAGCUGGACACUUUGAAGUUGUCAAAUUGCUUGUUAGUCAUGGAGCCAAUGUGAAUCACACUACGGUGACCAAUUCAACUCCCCUGCGGGCUGCGUGUUUUGAUGGCAGACUGGACAUUGUUAAAUACCUGGUAGAAAACAAUGCCAACAUCAGCAUUGCCAACAAGUACGACAACACUUGCCUUAUGAUUGCGGCUUACAAAGGCCACACGGAUGUGGUGAGGUACCUCCUCGAGCAGCACGCCGAUCCCAAUGCCAAAGCCCACUGUGGUGCGACAGCGUUACACUUUGCAGCUGAAGCUGGCCAUCUGGAAAUAGUGAGGGAGCUGGUCAAGUGGAAGGCAGCGAUGAUGGUGAACGGCCAUGGGAUGACUCCUCUGAAAGUAGCAGCCGAGAGCUGCAAGGCAGAUGUGGUCGAGCUGCUGCUUGCUCAUGCUGAUUGCGAUCGAAGAAGCAGGAUUGAAGCUUUGGAACUUCUGGGUGCCUCAUUUGCAAACGACAGAGAAAAUUAUGAUAUAAUGAAGACUUAUCACUAUUUAUAUUUAGCAAUGCUGGAGAGGUACAGAGACAGCGAGAAUAUAAUUGAAAAAGAAGUUCUUCCACAAAUUGAAGCUUAUGGAAACAGAACUGAAUGCAGAACUCCUCAGGAAUUAGAGUCUAUUAGGCAGGACAGAGAUGCCCUUCACAUGGAAGGCCUCAUUGUGCGUGAAAGAAUUCUGGGCUCGGACAAUAUUGAUGUUUCUCACCCCAUUAUUUACCGUGGGGCUGUUUAUGCAGAUAACAUGGAGUUUGAACAGUGUAUCAAGUUAUGGCUCCAUGCUUUGCAUUUAAGACAAAAAGGCAAUAGGAAUACUCACAAGGAUCUCCUGAGGUUUGCUCAAGUGUUUUCUCAGAUGAUACACUUAAAUGAGCCUGUUAAAGCCAAGGACAUCGAGAGCGUUCUGAGAUGCAGUGUCUUGGAAAUAGAACAAGGAAUGUCCAGGAUCAAACCCACCCAAGACACUGACAUCCACACAGCCAUGGACAACUACGAAUGCAAUAUUUUCACCUUCCUCUACCUAGUUUGCAUCUCUACCAAGACCCAGUGCAGUGAAGAGGAUCAGUCACGAAUCAACAAACAGAUUUACAACCUGAUUCAUCUCGAUCCCAGGACUCGGGAUGGCUCUAGUUUGCUGCAUCAUGCUGUCAAUUCCAGUACGCCGGUGGAUGACUUCCACACGAAUGAUGUCUGCAGCUUUCCCAACGCGCUUGUCACAAAACUCUUGCUAGAUUGUGGGGCUGACGUGAAUGCAGUGGACAACGAAGGAAACAGCCCGCUCCACAUCAUUGUCCAGUACCACAGGCCCAUCAGUGACUUCUUGACGUUGCAUUCCAUCAUCAUUAGCCUGGUGGAGGCCGGGGCGCAUACAGACAUGACGAAUAAACAGAAGAAAACUCCUCUCGAUAAAAGUACAACAGGGGUCUCUGAAAUACUCCUUAAAACUCAAAUGAAGCUGAGUCUCAAGUGCCUGGCUGCCCGAGCAGUACGGAUCUAUAACAUCAGCUACCAAAACCAGAUCCCCAGAACUCUAGAAGAAUUUGUGCAGUUUCACUAGGCUACAUAAAAUCUUUCAUGGUGGUGCUAUUUGGUGAAGACAUCCACUGCAGACAAGAGAAUACAUAUAUAUAUACAGAGAUUUGUUUUUCUCCAUUCUUUAUUUGUUUGGUUUCUUUGCAUUCGGUCUUCAGCCUCAGUUCUUAUGCAGAUCUUGGAGGGGGGAGAAAAGCCACAUAAUUUUCCUGUAAUCAGAUCUGGUGUUUGAGAUUUUAGUUUUUUUUUAUUAAAAGUUUGCUUUGUUAUCUCUUGUUUUAUAAACAAAAUGAAAGGAAAACAAAUGUAAUUGGUGCAAAAUAUUUUGUUUCAAAUAUACAUUUUCACCUACGAUUUGCAGUCAAGUGCUUCAAGUAGUUAUUUACAAAGGCACCUCUGAAAGCCUGUGUCACCAUGCUAUCGAUACAGUAGCUUUGCAAGUUUAAAAUCUUCUUGGAAUGAGAUGAGAAAAAAACAAUUGGAAAUUACGUGGUAGUUGGCUAAAAGUGAAGUUUCAACAUACAGAGCGUCUUAUUGCUCUCAUACCUCACCAUCUUUUUUAUGCCUUUCAGUUAAUGCUGAAGAUGUUGGUAACAUUUUAAAUUUUUAUUUUUUUUAUUAAAAUUUGAUCAGCAGUUAUCAACAGCAACAGAAGUAUGGAAUGCUCUGUUAGGAAAUACAGGUUUCAAUUCAACUGUGGGUAUGUUCGUCUAAGAACAGUUGAAUUAUCAAGCUCUUCAUUUACAAUGCUCCAGUAAGUAUUGAAUAACUUACGAAAAAGGAACUUGCACAUAGAUCUGAAUGAACCAGAAUCAUGGUUUCUUUUUAUGUAGCUAAGUUGCUCAUUUAUAAAGAUCAUGCAUGGAUACCUAGAAAACUUGUAGGGUAUUUGUGUUUGUGUGUGUCCCAACAUUUCGAAAAAGGCUUUUAACUUGUUUUGGUUAUUUUGAUGAUGGACAUGCACCUUUUUAACUCAAAGUGUGUAUAACUGCACUCUUGGAUUCCGAAUGCUGUAUCUUCCUAAUGGAGUAGUCUGUCGCCAAAGAGAGUCUUCCUUUGGAGCGUGAUACUGCUUGAAACUGGUUUUUCCAAUAAGCAUGGAGUCUGUGCCUCCCUGAAUUGGACUUGAGAAUUUUUCCAUGAUUUUUACUCCUUUCAUUAUGAUGAUCUCUAUUAAAACUGAUUUUUAAAAAAUUGUCCUAUCAUAAGAUCUUCUAUGGUAAGCAACUGAUUGUAUAAUAAAACUGUUGCUUGAGAAAGUACUUCUCCUUGGUAGAAGUUGCAGAUACUCCAACAGUAAAAUGUCACUUGUUUUGACAGGCUACUGAAAACUGUUUAUUUUAAAUGCAGCUUUUUAACUGUCAGAAGAUGAAAGAAUGUUCUGUAGGUUUUUUAAAACAAUCUGAGUAGAACUUUAAGGCAAGAUUUGGGCACACGUUUCUAUUUGUAUUACAAAUAAAUAAACAUUGAAUGUGGAAUUAGUUUGUAACUCUAGUUUUUGUCUAGUGCCAAGCAGAAUAGCACUGCUUUGGUUGUAUGGUACUGUAAGCGCUGGCUGGCGUGUCUCCUCAAAGGGAAAAGCUUUAGAAAUGUUACGCCUUCUGAACUGCAAACUUCACUCUGCUAGAAUGAAAACUAGCUCCUGAAAUGGGAAAUGUGUUUGCUAUCUAUAUCUCAGGUAGGUUUGGACUACAGCAUGAAUUUUUUUAAAAAAAAAAAUGCAGUUGGAUGUUGGGCAAAAUGGCAAAGCCAAAUUCAGCCACCUGGGGCCUUAAUGCAACAAGUGGACUUUAUAACACAGUUGGGAAGGUUUUUAGUGUUCCUGUAAACUGUUACCUUCAAUGUCUUCCUCUGUGUUGUGAAACGCAUCGAUUUGAAGUCGUAAGGAAAGCUGGAGCUCUGCGUUUCUCUGAGGCUCUACCGUGGUGAUUUUUAGCAUGACUGCUGGAAACACAAAAAAAUGUUUAACUCGCCGUGGCUCAUCUCAUGAACUGGUAAAGGCUUUUAAUCUCGCGCGUCGGGGCUGCGUCCGUUAUGGCUAAAGCUUUGAACCUGUAGCUCGAGCACCCUGAGAACGCACACCGGACGGAUUUUCCUCAGGCAGGUUGCUGGUAGCUGGCUUCAGUUAAAAUUAACCAAUAUGCGAAUCAAUGUGUACGUGCCCUAUAGAAAAAAAGAAAGUCUUCUGUUAUACUAUGCCCCGUGCGUCAAGCAGAUCUCCGAUACCUUGCUGAUCCUUUUGACGUGUGCGCGGCUGUAAUUCGUAAUGUGCAUUUAGUUAAAAACGGGGAUCAAGGGUCUGUGAAUCUGUUUGACUUGGGAGAGUGGCUGAGAAGAAGGGAGAAAGCUAAACACUUGUUAGUGACUAAUAUUGUUUGUUAUAGAGGUAGUAGUAGAUAACAGAAAGCAUUCUCAGUUGCUCCAAUGGAAGUAAUUACCGAUUGCUGUAUGAUUGGUUGAGGCAGUAUUUCCUUGCACUGUUUUUCUCAGGAUCUGUUUCUGAUGUACAGAUUAUUCUGUGUUGUGUUCUUGUGAAAUACCUGUAUAAACCCGUUCUUGGAACAGCCAUGCAUGUUUGAAAUAUCUGUAGAUAACAACAAGGUAAAGGAAGCUCCACUUCCCAAAAUUCUGCUUUUUAAUAAGAAAAAAAUGUUACACCGAGCGCUCUCCUGGGAAAGCUGCUGCUUCCUCGCUGCCUGUAGCUCCGAGCACCCCUCCUCGCCGCGCGCUCUCCGGGGCUCCCCUUGGCCCGUGCUGCUCCCGGGCCGAUGUCAGGAGGUGAAGACCUGAGGAGAGAGGCCGCCGUCACCGUCACCGCGAGCAGCAGCGACCCGUCGGCGGAAGGAGGGGCGAAGCCUUGCCGCGGGGCGCUCGGGAGGCUCCAGCCGCCCGGCAUCCGCCGCCGCCGCGGCGUCCUGGGGCCCUCGCCCGCCUCGCCUGGGAGAUCUCGAUCUCCGGCGGCGUUCGCGGGCGGGAAGGGCGCAGGCGCUGAUGCCUCCGGGGCAGUUGCUUAAAGCUCCCUGCGAGCGCCCACGCCAAGCGCCGGUGAGUGCCCCGUGCCCCCUCGGUGAGUGCCCCGUGCCCCCUCGCUGCGCCAGCGGCUCCCCAAACGCGCCCUGGGGAGGCGAGCGCGGGGGCCCGCGGGCGCCCGGCCCCGCUCCCUGCAGCCUCGGCCCUCGGCCGCAGCCGGCUGUGCUCAAGCCACAGGUUUUCAUAUAUUUAUCCCGUAGGUUUCUGCAUCUCCCGUGCCGGGGAAAGCGCUGCACAGGCCCCGACAUCAGCGGAGAGCACGUAGCUUAGCAUGGAAAACUUUAUUUUUUUUCGUAAAAAAAAAAAAAUGCAUUUUUUGCAACUGGAUGGACUCAAAUUGUGUAUGUUUGGCAUGAAUUACGCUGCCUGCCCACUACUGCUCGUCUAGAGCUGCUGUUUAAUCCAGCCGUUGGUGGGGAUCAGUAACCCCAAAGAUGUUAUUCGGUUGGUUUUUUUUUUUUUUUUUCACUCGCUUUAUUUAAGCCUUGUGGUCAAACUGAUGGCUUACAAGUAGUGACUGACUUUUAGUCCUUGUUUGAUCCACUUAUUCCUGCUCUGUUGGUGGUCUCUAGGCCCUUUCUAAAGCUAAACGUGCACAAUAUUGACUAUCUCAAAUGCACAGUAUUGACGAUCUCAAAUACCUACAGGAAAAAACUCCUGGGAAUAUUUUUAAUAAAAAGAGAUACUUUAUGCUACAUAAUCUAAAAUUUGCAUCAAAUUUUCCUGGUCUUUGCUUUGUGCAUUCACUAGUUGCCGAUUUGUUGGCUCUCGGUGUGCCGGCGGUGCCCUUUGCUCCCGUCCGGCUGUGGCCGCAGCUGCGGACCCGCUCGGGUUUCGCGGGCCCCCUCCCCGCUCAGUCCCCGCUCAGUCCCCGGAUCUGCUGCUUAGAAUGUGUCAAGCUGCAGAAUUAAACUUUGGUUUGAGGAAAAUGAGAACAGUUCCUUUUUCUCUGGGUCCAAGGGGAGGUGAGCCCUCGGUGUAACCUCGGUUUAUCAUUGCUUUUCUCCCCUUAAGCCUUCGGUUGCUCAGGUGCAAGCGGCAGCCAGACUGGGUGGGAACUGUGGACUCAGUGUCCUGCUUUCAGUUAAAUUGAUAAAAACCUGUGGGUAUAAAUAAACUCACAAUCGUUUUAA